AUGGCAGAAUCAGUCAAUGGGGCAAAUAAUCUAGAAAAAGGGUCCAUUCCAGGAGACUCCGAGGGCAGGUUUGAGUCUGAAGAGCUGAGUGUCGAAGAGAAGAGUGGGGCUGAAGAAGAGGACUUGGACUCUGCGGCUGAAGUUCUGCGUAACUACACUGGUAAUGACUCCAAGGUUGUUCUAUCAGAGCGGACACCUUCCUCAUCCCAGAAACUGCUCUGCAGCCCCAUCCCUGAAGUCGUGGAUGAUUUUCUUCGCAACUUUCUCAUGAAAAUGGGAAUGAACAGAACAUUAGAUUGCUUCCAGACAGAAUGGUUCGAGAUGCUACAGAAAGGCACGCUCAAAACAGAGCAUGUGGGAUUCAUGCCUGAUAUAUACAUGCAGAACCAGCUGCUGGAAAAGGAUCUGAAAAAUGUCCAAAGAGAGCGAGACAGCUACAAACAAGCUGCCUUCCAAGCAGGAGAGAUCACUGUGAAGCUUCAGAAGGAACGGGACUUCCACCGGCUGCAGCACAAGCGUGUUAUUCAUGAGAAAAACAAAUUGAUCGAGGACAUCCAACGACUAAAAAAGCACUAUGAGUCUUAUGGUCCUGCUUUGAAACAACUGAAUGAGAAGUACCAGACCGCCCUGAGGCAGAAGAUGUUGGUCAGUAUUGAUAGGAAUAGAGUCUCCAGUCAGGUCCAUAGCCAAGAUAGCACUCCAUGUACUGCUAAGGCACGCUCCUUGCCAGGAACCCGCAAGUUUCUGAAAGAAAAUGAGCUUCAGAAUGGGCGUAGUCCAGAGCGAGGUACUAAACUAUCAGUUAAUGAGGUGAUGAGUUACGACCCUGCCAGAGACCCAACGAAGAGCGCUACUACCAAACAUCCAAAAGAUUCUGAGUUCCCAGCCAGUACACGCGUAAAUCCCUUCCUGCCCCAAAUAAAAGCCCUAUCUGCUCAAAGCACCAAAAUUUCCGACUUCUCGAUGACCAAGUCCAUCAAAGCCCACACUUUGGCCAUCAGCUGUCUUGCUCUCCAUCCACGCAAACUGCUUGUCGCUUCUGCAAGUGAUGAUCACCUUUGGAAGCUUUGGGGGAUGCCAAAAGGUGAGAUGAUCAUGACUGGAGAGGGUCAUACUGAUUGGCUGUCUUCCUGUAGCUUCCACCCCAGUGGACACUUUCUGGCCACCACCAGCGGAGAUGCUACAGUCAAGAUCUGGGACUUUGCUAAAUCCAUCUGUGUGCUGACCCUGGAAGGCCAUGGUCAUGCAACCUGGGGAUGCUCCUUCCACUCCUGUGGGGACUUUGUAGCCUCCUGCUCUAUGGACAACACAUCCAAAGUGUGGGACCUAAACAGUGAGCGCUGUCGCUACACGCUGCGCGGCCAUGUUGACUCAGUGAAUAGUAUUAGCUUUGUGCCAUUUUCGAACAUCCUGCUCACCUGCUCUGCUGAUAAAACCAUUUCACUGUGGGACGCCCGCACUGGACUCUGUGCUCAAACUUUCUACGGGCACAGACACUCGUGCAACCAUGCGAGCUUUAACACCCUGGGAGACAUGAUCGCUUCCUGUGAUUCCUAUGGCAUCGUGAAAUUAUGGGAUGUAAGGACCGUAUCAGCCAUAUCGACGGUGGAUACCGGACCAUACCCAAGCAACCAAGUGGCCUUCAGUCCAAAUGGCAAGGUGCUAGCAGCUGCAAGUAACGAUUAUGAGGUGAAGCUGAUGGACGUCGCAUCUUCACAUGUGUACAGUCUUUUAGGACAUUAUGACGGUGUUCAGAGUGUCAUUUUUGACCAUAAAGGAGAAUACCUCUUAUCUGCUGCAUAUGACGGUGAAAUUUUCAUCUGGUCAUAA